AGGCUGUACUAAGACUGGGAAGUGUUUAUUUUGGACGUCUAAAGUCAGAUUUGUUCUGAGUUAGUUUCAUCUCUUCUGUCUCUAAAUGGCGCUCGAGGAUGAGCUGUCGUGUCCCGUGUGCACUGAACUCUUCAGAGAUCCGGUGUUAUUGAGCUGUGGACACAGUUUCUGCCGGCAGUGCAUUAAUGCUCACUGGACCUCCAGCAGCUCCAGAAACUGUCCCGUCUGUCGACAGGUGUCUCCGCAGGAACCGGUGUCCAACCUGAGCUUGAGGAACACCUGUGAGGCUUUCCUGAGAGAGAAAAGCACGAGGAAAGAGUGGGAUGAAGAGCACGAGUGUCUGAUACACGGAGAGAAAGUCGAGCUGUUCUGUCAAACUGAUGAAGAGGUUUUAUGUUCAGAAUGUAAGAAACAUGAGCAUGCAAAACACAAAAUACAGCCGCUACAACAGGCUGUACGACAACGCAAGGAAAAGCUGAAAGCAGCUCUUCGUCCAGCUGAGAAGACUUUGUGGUCAUUACAGAACAGUGCAGCACAAGAUGCCAAGAUCUGUAAUUUCAAUCAGUCUCAAGUUCAGCAGACAGAGAAAAGAAUCAAGGAGGAGUUUAAGAAACUCCAACAGUUCCUUAAAAAGGAGGAAGAGAGUAGGAUAGCAGCUCUAAAUGAAGAAGAGAAACAAAAGAGAGCAAAGAUAGAGAAGAGAACAAAGGGAAGGAUACGUUCGCUCUCAGACAGACUCGGAGAGGUGGAGGAGCGAAUGAAGGACGAUGACGUUACCUUUCUCCAGAAUUAUAACAGCAUUAUGAACAGAGCUAAAUGCACACUCCCAGAUCAGGAACUAAGUUCAGAAACUCUUAUUGAUGUUUCUAAACAUCUGGGGAACUUGAAGUACCAAGUGUGGGAUAAUAUGAAGGACAUCUGCCCUUACUAUCCUGUGAUCCUGAAUCCACACACAACUCCAGCAGACUUUUCUGUGUCAGACGACCUGACCGCUGUGACCUCAUGUGUCCAUCGACAGGACAAAUCCAAUGCUUUUCCUUUGAACAGGAGCCGUAUGGUGCUGGGGAGCGUGGGAUACGGUAUUGGCACUCACACGUGGCAAAUUGAGAUGAGAAACAGCCGCCACUGGAGCCUUGGAGUGUGCUUUAGAUCAGAGGGAAAGCCUAUUACACAGCCUUUGAGCCCUGAAAACGGCUUCUGGGGUCUCAGACGAGAUGGAUGUAUGUACAGUUUCCUGAGCACUCCAACAAGGUUCAGUAUAAAGACGAAUCCUGAAGUAGUGCAAGUGAGACUAGAGGAUGAUUAUGAUGUUUUGGGCAGGUGGCAGAGGAAGGUGAGCUUUUCUGAUGCCAGGAGUGAUUCUCAUUUUGCAAAGAUUACCGGAGUGCCUGCAGGGAAGGAACUCUUUCCAUUUGUGAUUCCGGAAGAUCAGUCCGUCCCGCUGCGUGUUGUUCCAGUCCCAGCUAAAAUCACUCUGGCUGGUGAACAGGUUGAGCGGAAUCUGUCCUUCCAGGAGAGAUAUAAAGGCUUGAUUGAGAUCUGUUUCGGCUUCUUAGUCAUUUUUAUUUUUCUCUGA